AUGAGUACUAAUGUGGAGAUCAACACUGUUGAUUUCAAGGUGAAUCUUUCUGCGUUGGACGUGGAAAGAUACGGGAUUCUCAGUCUUUUGCGGAUGAAGUCGUUGGACAUCGAUGCUAACUCGCUAAAGGUGACGCUUGACGAGUUCAACGUGGAUUUGGGGGAUUCAGAAGUUGAAAGAAGAGCUGAAAGAGAUGGAUUGAGAGAAAGGUUAGAGAAGCUGCUCGAAGGGUUCGGCCACAGUAAGCCUGCAUUGGAUCAUUUCGUAAUGGGGAAACAGGAGGUUAAAGAAUCUCCAGAUGUCAUACAAGUUCGUCCUCCGAAAAACGUGGGGAACAAAGACCAUUUCCAAAGACUCAGCUACCUGUUGCAGGUAUCUGCAUUUUUGGCGGAGAAGCUCAAGGAUAAGGACGUGGACGAGGCGUUGAGUCGAAACUACAUCAAGAACAUGGACUCGAUCCGCAAGAAGAACCAACUUGCUCUAUCGCCGCAUGUGAAGAGGCUCACGUGCAAGAAGUGCCAGCGAUUGCUCAUGGCAGGACGAAACAUGGAGAUGGAGAUCACCAACACGAGCCGCAAGGGCAGGACCAAGCAGAGCAAAGCCGACGUGCUGGUGUAUCGAUGCAAGUGUGGCACGGUGAAACGGUUCCCCAUAGGUAAGGACCCAUCCUACAAGCUGCAUGUCGAGGAGUCGGACAACCUCAUCGACGUAUAG